UCUUUGUCUCUAGUAUAGAUAAAUAGAAAAUAAUGGCAGGCUUAUUGAAAUGGUCGGUUCAAAAUGGAGAUAUAGAAAAAGUUAGACAAGCUUUUAUGCAGAAAUCUUUUGAUGUUAAUGAAGAUAUUGGUAAUGGUACUCGGUUGAUUCAUUGUGCAGCUGAUUAUGGUCAACUUGAAGUCAUUGAUUAUUUGAUAUCAAUUGGCGCUAACAUUAACGUUGUUGAUAAGCAUGGAAAUUCACCAUUGUUAAAUGCAGUGUAUGAAGGACACACAUCAUGUGUAAAACUUCUUUUAGAUAAGGGUGCUGAUAAAAAUAUAAAGUCACCAAGUGGCGAAACAGCAUUGCAAGUUGCAGAAACGGAGGCAAUUAAACAACUUUUGAAAUGACUAUCUCUUUUUCCUUAAUUUUAUACUUUAGAGAAUGGUACUACAUAAAGAUUUUAACAUCAUUUAA